AUGGCACCCUCACCACGGGUUCUCAUCAUUGGUGCUGGCAUCGUCGGUGUCAAUGUCGCUGAUGAGCUGAUUGAGCGCGGCUGGACCGACAUCACGGUCCUCGAGCAGGGCCCCCUUGACAUGCCUGGUGGCUCAACCUCCCACGCGCCAGGUCUGGUAUUCCAGACAAACACAUCAAAGACCAUGACAAAGAUGGCUACCUACACAAUGGAGAAGCUUCUGUCACUAGGCAGCUUCAACCAGGUCGGUGGACUAGAAAUCGCAACUACUCCUGCACGACUAGAGGAGCUCAAGCGAAAAAGGGGUUAUGCUUACUCCUGGGGCGUCGAGGCAAACCUCAUCAGCCCUGAGAAGUGUCUCGAGAUAUACCCCCUCCUGAACAAGGAGAAGGUCCUCGGUGGACUUCACAUUCCUACUGAUGGUCUUGCCCUGGCGCGUGAUGCGCAAGCAAAGCUCAUUGAGCGCACACGAGCAGCUGGAGUCAAGUAUCACGGAUCAACAGUGGUUACAUCCAUCGACCACACCGACGGCCACGUUUCAGCCGUCCACACAAAGAACGGAACAUUCACAGCAGAUAUCGUCAUCUCAUGCGCUGGAUUCUGGGGUGUCGAGAUUGGUGCUAUGGUGGGCUUGCCUGUGCCCCUAACACCAAUGGCUCAUCAAUACGUGCACACAACCUCACUCCCUGGCCAGAAGGGCAAGAACGAAGAGCCAAACGGUGCUCAACUUCCUAUCCUCCGCCAUCAAGAUCAGGACCUAUACUACAGAGAGCAUGGCGACCACUACGGUAUUGGAUUCUACGGCCACAAGCCAAUGCCCGUUGUUGCAGCCUCGCUGGGCGAGACACCCAAGAACGUCGAUUAUAAGAACAUGCCCUCCAGCUUAGAAUUCACACGCAAGGAUUUCGAGCCUGGCUGGAAGUUGAGUCAGGAGAUUCUUCCUGCCCUGAGGGAGGUCGAGGUUGACCACGGUUUUAACGGCAUCAUGUCCUUCACCCCUGACGGAGGACCUCUUGUUGGCCAAGCCCCCAACUUUGACAACUUUUACGUCGCCGAGGCUGUCUGGGUGACACAAUCCGCUGGCGUCGCCCGAGCCCUCGCCCAGCUCUUGACCACAGGACGAGCCGAGAUUGAUCUUUCCGAGUGCGAGCUAUCUCGCUUCGAACAGGUCCAGCUCUCGCCCGCCUAUGUCACUGAGACUGCAUCUCAGCAGUUCGUCGAGGUGUACGACAUCCUGCACCCUCUCCAGCCCAGAGAGUCACCGCGAAACCUCCGCGCCAGCCCCUUCCACCAGCGCCAACAAGAGCUCGGCGCCUACUUCCUCGAAGCUGGCGGCUGGGAGCGUCCUCACUACUUCGAAUCCAACGAGAAGUUUCUCAAGGAUCUGCCCGAGGAGUGGAAGCCUGUUGAACGAGACGCAUGGUCGUCUAAGUUCCACUCGUCUAUCUCUGAGGUUGAGGCGUGGAAGACGAGGACUGGUGUUGCCCUGUACGAUCAGACUCCUAUCCGUCGAUUAGAAGUCACUGGCCCUGGUGCUGCUGAGUUGUUGCAGCGAUUGACGACCGGUAAUGUUGCGGGCAAGGUUGGCAAAGUGACGUUCACUCUUCUACUGGAUACACAUGGCGGUAUCAAGAGUGACAUCUUUGUCGCCAGACUUGGAGAGGAUCUAUUCCAUCUCGGCGUGAAUGGACCUGUUGAUCUGCACUACUUCACGCGCGAGGCCAAGGUCCAGUCAAAGGCCAGCCCCCAUCGAGCUGUGCAAGUCCGUGAUAUCACCGGCGGUCUUGCCAGCGUUGGAGUUUGGGGCCCUCUGGCUAAGGAUCUGGUCAAGCUUGUCAGCAAGGACGACUUCUCAGACAGGGCGUUCCCCUACCUCACCACCAAGAAGGCUGAGAUCGCUGGCAUUCCCGUGAUUGCCACUCGGUUCUCAUACAUCGGAGAGGAGGGUUACGAGAUCUACACAAGUGCCGACAACGGUUUGAGACUAUGGGAUGCACUAUGGCAGGGUGGUCAACCUUACGGAGUCAUUGCCGCUGGCCGAGCCACAUUCAACUCUCUCCGUAUCGAGAAGGGCUUCCGAUCAUGGGGUAUCGACAUGACCUCUGAGUACGAUCCUUACGAGGCUGGUCUCGAGUUCGCCCUCCAGCCUGGCAAGGACGGCUAUGUUGGCUACAACGCUCUCAAGGGCCGAUCUAGCGAGAAGGUUGCCCGAAGAAUUCGGGGUCUUACAAUUGACGAUGGCAAGUCUGUCGUUCUUGGCAAGGAGCCUGUCUUUGUCAAGGGCCGAGCAGUGGGAUAUGUCACCAGCGCUGCAUUCGGAUACAGCAUCCGCAAGCCCAUCGCCUACGCAUACUUGCCCAAGGAUGUUCUCGAGGGCGACAAGGUUGAGAUUGAGUACUUUGGCAAGCGCGUCAAGGCCACUGUAACCUCGCUGCCUUUCUACCAGCCCGAGAAGAGUGCAUAUGGCCAGGACUCUAAGGCCAGCUUCUCUGCUCGUCUAUAA